CACACACUUUAUUAAAAAAUAAUAAAAAUGUUAGAAAAUAUAUACAUGCCAACAAAGGGUAUAUAAUAAAGUAUUGAGAUGAACUUUUGUUAUUGACCAAAUAAUUAUUUUCCACCAUCAUUUGAAAAUAAAUUCUUUAAAAAUCAGACAAUGUGAUUUUAUGGAUUUUUUUUCUCAUUCUGUCUCUCAUAGGUAUACCUACAAUGAAAAUUACAGGCCUCUCAUCUUUUUAAGUGGGAGAACUUGCACAAUUGGUGGCUGACUAAAUACUUUUUGCCCCACUAUAUGCAUGGUCACGCCCCCUCCCAUAGACUUAGGGCGGGGCGUGACAUCACACGGGGGUGGAAUCGUGACGUCACGAUAAUCUGGCCCCGUGGUCGUCACGCUUCACACUUGGAGCCUCCAGCGCUGCGGAUAGCUCACAAAGAUGGGUGCGGAAUGACAGAUUGUGGGGGUCCCCAGCGGCGGGACCCCCGCUAUCAGACAUCUUAUCCCCUAUCCUUUGGAUAGGAGAUAAGAUGCAUUAGGGCCAGAGUAACCCUUUAAGCUGGUUAUUCACCCAAUAAUGUUGAGAGAGAUAUAGGAAAUGGUUCACAAUGCCCAUGGGGAAGGGGCCAACAUGAGCUUGCAGGAACCUGCUAUGUCACAUGAGAUGUGCAUCACAGAAUUCUACUUUUAAUAGUGCACUUAUUAAUAGACAGCAGUGGCACUAACCACAAACAGCUUGGUGUGUUAUUCUCCUCCUGCAGAUACAAGUAACCGUCUGCACAGUGAACAAUGAAAGUUAAUCUGCAGUUUUCACAAAAACACAUUUGUGUACUAAAAAAAAUGUACUAAGACCACCUCCAAAAUGCCACCAUAUACCAAUUAAUAAUCUACUUUUUUUUUCUCACCGGUGAGUUUGUUCCUUAUUUUUUGUUGUUCUGUCUUUACUGUAAGGGAUAAUAACUUAACAUGCUCUGAUUUCCUGGUCAGUCUGUCCUAGUGCAGUCACAAGACGCAGUGUCCCAGUACAGAGUCCUGCUACAAGGAACAGUUGCCAUCUUCCUAAGCUUAUUUAUGGCCACCAAACAAAGCCUCUCACCAUUUCAGUGCUAUUUAUUCAGAAACCCUGUAGAGGACGAGGACACUGGAUCUGGAUUAAAGUAUUCCUCCUCUUUUAACAAAGCUACAAACCUGAACUGUUCAUGGACGUCACAUAACAUUUACAAUGCAGGUCUGACAGUGGAAGUGAAUAUUUUUGAAUCAAUAAAACUGAAUGUACUUCAGAACAUAAGCAAGUCGGUAACAUUUGUCUGGUUGCAGAAGAAGAACAAUAUCUCUCAUGUUGUGAAUGGCUCUAGGAACAGUAGCCAUAUUUGUUUGGAACUGGUAAGAGCCACCGAAAGACAAGCUGGAAUAUAUGAGCUUUUGAUACAAAGUGAAAACUCCAACUACUCCAUAUAUUUUGAAGUGAAAAUAAGAAGCAGACCAAGAAAACCUUAUUUUACACUAGGACACAGUUAUAUGAACUGCUUCUCUGGGGGCUAUCCAAAACCUGUUGUAUAUUGGACAUCAUGUGGUUCAGAGGAUGACAGAUGCCACAGAAAGACAAACUCUAUACCAUAUCCUGAGUCCGAUAAUGAUGAAAAUACACAGGUGGGAAGCACAUUGGAAUUAACAGAGAUUAUGGAAAAGAACAUAUACUGUUGCGCAGCUAAUGAUCUUGGAAGUGAAUGCAGCAAGCUUUACACCAUCGAUCUGACUUCUGAAACAUCUCACCCUGAAAUACUACUUAAGACUGGAGAGCUCUUUGUGAUACGGUGUUGGGCAUGGUAUUCAUCAUAUAAAUAUACAAUUAAAUGGGACAGCGAAAGUGGAAAACAGAUGAUGUCCUAUAAUAGAAGCGUCAUCAGACCUAAUGGGGAUUGGUUCAGAGUGUUGUUUGCUUCGUUCCAAGUAGGAAGCAGCAGGAACGUCACUUGUACCUCAACAGUUCAUCUAAAAAAGACUGAAAGGCUUAAAGUAAUAGACAGAGGAUUUAUCGAUAUGGAUACUUCAUGUGUAGAACAUGACAUUGACCCAAUGCAGGACUUUUGCCUUGUUGCAGAGUGGAAGGCAUAUCCAGCUGUGAGGUGUGCAUGGAUCCACAAUGCAAAUGUCUCUCCAUGUUCUCCUGUCACAAAUGAAAAUGGACAAAGCCAAUCUAAAUACUGUGCCCGAAAAAUGAUGCCUGGAGAGUACACAUUCUACAUAGACAACGAUGAUGUGCAGCUCAGCAAAACCUUCAAUGUGAACUUACUCCAAAAACCUGAGGUGGAAUGUAAGUUGACCAACCAGAAGAAUAUCUCCUGCAUAUCACAAGGUUAUCCAUUACCAACCUGGUCAUGGAUGAAGAGUGGUGGCGGCUCCAACUGUGAGCAAGAAAUCGAGAAUGGAUUCACAAUUGGUCCGUCAGAAAGACAUGGAAACAGCUGGAUGUCUUCUAGCACAUUGGAUGUAGGAAACCAAGUGGAAACUGUCACCAUCUGUAGUUGCGCUGUCAGUUCUGUUGGACGAACAUGUGCAGAAAUGUUAUUGAAACAACUUGAACAACACAAUUUUACUGUCCCAACUGUGAUUGGACUGAGCUGCAGCCUGUGUAUUGCUAUUAUUCUAUUUGCACUAAUUCUGAGGAAAUACAAAAAGAAAUACAAAUACGAAAGUCAGCUACAGAUGAUACAGUUCAUUGGGCCAUCUGAUAAUGAAUACAUCUACAUUGAUUUCAGUCUUCUAUCCUAUGAUGUAAAAAAAUGGGAAUUUCCAAGAGAGAAUCUGGAAUUUGGUAAUACCAUUGGAUCCGGAGCAUUUGGGAAAGUGGUUACUGCUAAAGCUUAUGGAAUCAGCAAGUCAGGCGUGUCCCUGCAAGUGGCGGUCAAAAUGCUGAAAGAAAAUCCUGAUACUCCAGAAAAAGAUGCCCUAAUGUCUGAACUGAAGAUGAUGACUCAGAUUGGACACCAUGACAAUAUAGUCAAUUUGUUGGGAGCGUGCACUGCGCCAGGUCCAGUAUACUUGAUUUUUGAGUACUGUCCACAUGGAGAUCUUCUCAAUUACCUGAAAAGCAGAAGAGAUUCAUUCCACCAAACAUGGUCGGAUGUUGUCAAGGAUAAUAACUUCACUUUCUACCAUAAUUUAAACCAGGAUGAGAAAUUCAGAGACAGAGCUGUGACAGUGUUAAGUAACUGCUCUUAUACAUGGAUAACUACGGAGCAAGAAUGCAACACAAAUCAGCACAACGGAGACUUGUUGGUCCCACAACCUGAGGUUCUCCAAGCUGAAGAAAUCAAAUACCAAAACACCAGGAAGUACGACGAGGAGGAUCUGAACAUCCUCACCUUUGAAGACCUCCUUAGUUUCUCAUAUCAAGUUGCCAAAGGAAUGGAGUUCCUCGAAUCGAAGUUGUGCAUUCACAGGGAUCUUGCAGCCCGAAAUAUACUGAUAAACAGCGGAAAAGUGGCCAAAAUAUGUGAUUUUGGACUCGCCAGAGACAUCGUGAAUGAUUCAAGCUAUGUGGUAAAGGGCAAUGCUCGACUGCCAGUUAAAUGGAUGGCUCCAGAGAGUAUAUUUGAUGGAAUAUAUACUAUCAGAAGUGAUGUUUGGUCUUAUGGCAUCUUGCUUUGGGAGAUAUUUUCUCUUGGAAUCAAUCCAUAUCCAGGCAUACCUGUCGAUGCAAAAUUUUACAAGCUCCUGCAAAGUGGAUUUAAAAUGGACCAACCAUUCUAUGCUACAGAUGAAAUAUAUUUCCUGAUGCAGUCCUGCUGGGGUUUUGAUUCUAAGAAGCGACCGUCCUUUUCAGAACUGGUUUCAUAUUUGGGAUAUCAAAUUUCCAAUAUAGAAGCUCUGAUUUACCAAAGCAAGAACAGCCAUAAUUCAGAUUCUAAUUGUUCGACGCUUAUAGAAAGUGCACUGAUCCAGGACCUUCUAUCUGUCAACACACCACUUAUCUGAGUCAGCGUACUAGCAGAGCUUUCAUUAGCUUUUUGGCACUUUUACAUAACUGUCUCCAUCUCAAGAUCAUCUCUGAUGAAGUAGAAUCGUGGAUCGGUGGAAUAUUCUCUGGGAUUUCAGAUGAACUAAAGGCAGAAGUCAUCAGUCGCUUUUCAAUUGAUGCUUUGCUGAAUAAUACGGUAUAUAGGGGACUGCACAAGGUGUCUAUUUACCAGGAUUAGAGGGCCAUCAUAUACAGAACAUGUCGGCCAAACACCAUUCAGCGUGGACUACCACACCCUAGCCCCACAGAUACCCACUUCUCUGGUGUAGGGCACAGGGGUGCAGCCUAUUUGAGACCUUUAUUAUACCACAGCUACAAAACCUCCCAUUUUGGGGUUUCCCUAUAGUAACUGCGACCCGCAGCUAGAGAAGGACAUAGCCUAGUAAUAGCUCUGAUAGAAUAUAUAUAGCGACAAUUCUGGGCUCAUGGAACACAAAUGUUGCAGAUGAUGGAAUGUUUAAGAAAGUCACAGCAUUCAGUAGGUUCCUGUCGUUCACUAAAGAAGCACCCCGGGUUUUUUGUUGCCUAUAUUAUGCACACUCACUAUUACUAGUCUUACAGCAAAAUAUGUUUAAUUCCAGUGCAGCUGCAUCUAUAUGUUUCAUUACUGCAACGUGAUCAUGUGAUCACCAAUCUGACUCUCCAUAUCUUCCGGUUCAUAAUUGGCAAAUCAGGAUGUCAGUCCUAAGUCACCUGACUUCCUGUGAACUACGGGAUUACAUCCUCAUCUACUAGAUCCCUCCCAGCAGCUCACAGAUCCCUCCCUUCCCAGAUUCAUCUGCUUUCUCAAUGGCAGUGUUUCCCAACCAGUGUGCCUCCAACUGUUGCAAAACUACAAAUACCAGCCGUUGGCUGUCCAGGCAUGCUGGAAGUUGUAGGUUUGCAAUGAUGAAGGCACACUGGUUGGUAAACACUGCUCUGUGGGAUCAGGAUAUAGUAGGUAUACACCCCCUCUGAGGUUACCACAUUGUAUUUAUUGCUGCAUUCUUAAAGUUUUUUUUCCAUCGUUUUUCCAAAAGUAUGCCAAAAAAGGUGCAAUUUCACCAUAAUUGUGUCAGAAAAGGCAUUGAAACUGCACAGUGUAUAUUUGACACUGACGCACUUGUGAGUCUAAUGUGUUCACCUGUGUAUUCUCCAGCACUUGCAGCUUAAUUACAUGACCAGCUGGAGUGAUCAAACACCUGAUACUCAGCCAGAGCAUUGAUGGUAAAUGUAGCCCAUGCUUGCCACAUCAUCAAAAAAGGUAAGCAAAAGGCAUGCACAAGAAUAGCUUAUGCUGCACUAUAUAAGCAUAAACAAAAUCCCGGAGUGCUUCUUUUUUUCUGCAAAAUGGGGAAAAGUGAAUGUUUAUUACUUUAGUAAGUAGAUAACAAUCCUGUUUCACAUCAACGCUCCCCUGAUGAUGUAUUGAUGGUUGAUAAUGUGGUAGGCCUAUAGUUGGGCCCGCCUGUCAUCAUGAAGCAUUAUAUGGCGGCUACUGACUUGAGUGUGUUAUCGGUUUAAUUCACAAGACCACAAAGUAAGAGUCACAUGUGUAAUGGCUGUCCACUAUGACAAGUAGAGGGGGGCCCAUUGUGUUACAUUUAUAUACCCUAAAAUGGGCACAAACAAAGUGGUUACACAGAAAUAAUGUAAAUAUUAAAAUCACAAGAUGCAUAUCCCUUUUUUGGUAUAGGCUUAUGCUGAGCACUAUUGUUGAGUAAGAUUUUUUUAAAGAUAUUUUUUAUAUUAAUA